UUAACAAUUGAUACGUUCUAACCGACAGGUCGACAACUUUUUAUUCUGUCUUAUCCGGGCGUAUAGUUGUUAAAUCGUCUCUAAUUGUGUGUAUUGUACAAGCUUCUGGUAGUAUUCAGAGGAAAAGGUUUGCGUGCAGAUUUUUGUGACUAGACAGUCUGGCCCUACAUAAAACGUUAUUACGAGUUCAUCACGCAGACGGGACAUCUCGCCUGCCGGAGUUAGGACAUGGCGCGCUCGCCCAGAGGCUCUCCUCAGGAAUCCAAGAUGGCGUCCCUGACGGCCCCCUCACCCACCGGCACCUCCACCGUCCUCAACAAGAUCAGUGACGAGAUGAUCGUCUGUAACAUCUGCUUUGAGACGUACAACCGGCCCAAGGUGCUGCCCUGUCUCCACACCUUCUGUAUGGACUGUCUGGCCAGGUUAACAGCCAGUAAGACGACGAAGAGUCCGAAAGGUAAGCUGACGUGCCCGAUGUGUCGGGAGGAGACGCCGCUGCCUAAGAACGGCGUGAAGGGCCUGAGGGAUAACUUCUUCGUGUCCAACCUGUGUCAGCUCCUGCACGCCGAGCGGGAGCGCACCAGGAACGCCCCGCGGCCCAGGUCACCCGUCCCGCCCAGGAAAGAGAAAAAGGAGGUGACCUGUGGGACUCAUGAGGGAGAAGUCAUCAAGUAUUUUUGCGACAAAUGUGAGUUGCCGAUUUGUGGCGACUGUUUCGUCAUGGAACACAACGGCCACACUGUCUCCAAACUUAAGGACGCGGCCAGUAAGUACUGUGAGCGAAUCAGAGAGCGGGUAGGGGAAUGUCGGGAGCGAGCCAAGCCUCUGCAGCAAGCCGUCAGCCUAUUGGUGGCCAUGGAGAACGAACUCAAGCAGAACAAAGAAACAGCAAAAGAAGAGAUCCACCAGCACGCGGAGAUGUUGAUCGAGGCCAUCCAGCAGAGCGAGGAGGAGAUGGUCUCGGCGCUGGAGGAGAUCUACACCGAGAGGAAGGACUCCCUGGCCACCCAGCGGGGAGAGAUGCAGGCAGGGCUGCACAAACUGGAGGAGUGCGUACAGGCUGCUGACGAGGCCCUGGAGAAAGACUCUGACGUUGAGAAGUUGUCCCAGUGGUCCAUCCUGGAGAACUCCAUCUCAGAGGCCGGGGACCUGCUGCCGACACAGGGCCCGGAUGUCAACAUGUGUGUCAAGUUCUCCGCAGAACAUCUACAUGAGAAUUUCCGGCUGGGCGUGCUGAUCACAGAGCCCGUGUUCCAGUUCGGAGCCAAGGGCACCAAGGACGGGGAGUUCGACUCUCCCUUCCGGGUGGUGACGAACAGUCAGGGGGAGAUCCUGGUGGCAGACAACGGCAACAAACGGUUACAGAUGUUUGACAGUAAAGGAACGUUUAAGUGGAAGUCGGAGAAGGAGGAAGGAGACAAGUUCCUGAAGCCUGUGGACGUGGCCGUGACGCCUGACGGGAACAUCUACAUCACAGACGUGGCCAACAAGUGUGUCAAGAAGUUUGACCCUAAGGGAGAGGUCAUCAGCAAAUUCGGAAAUGACGUCUUAGACAUCCCAUCAGGCAUUGCGUACGACGCACGCACUGAUCACGUGUUGGUGACAGAUGCAGGUAAGAACCGGAUCACCAUUCACUCCUCCGACGGUGAGCUGCUUCACCACUUCGGGUCGCCAGGAGACGACGAUUCCAACUUCAACAGGCCGAUAUUCGUGGCCGUGAAUUCGCACUCGGACAUCAUCGUGUCGGACUACAAGAACCACUGUGUGAAGGUGUUUGAUUCCGAGGGGCUGUUCCUGUUCAAGUUCGGCGGCGAGGUGGGGGCGGACGCGGACCGGGGGAAGCACGGCAUGCCGGCGGGGCUGUGCGUGGACCCGCAGGACAACAUCAUCGUGGCGGACAUCCACAACGGGCGGGUGGACCUGUUCCGGCCCGACGGGUCGUUCCUUCGGCACAUCGCCACGGCGUCGGACGGGCUGCUGUCCCCGUACGGAGUCGCCAUGACUCCCGAGGGCAGAGUCGUGGUCACCGACGUGUCCGACUGUGCGAUCAAAAUAUACAAGUACUGAAACUGUGGGAACUACAUGGAUAGAUAACUCAUUAUCCAAUACAGAAAUAUAACGUACCAGACUUUGCUAAUCGCCGUGCUACGGGAGUACCCAAAUGACCAAACUAGAAAAAAAGAAUGUAUCGAUUUUAAAGAGCAUUAAUUUUGUACAAUGUGAACACAAUGGUAGCCAUUAGUAUCUUGCCCCCACAAUGUUAAAUCGCCAAUAGCUGUACAGCACGUACGUAGUGUGUAAAAAAAGUAGAAGAACAUGAGUUAAUACAACACAAUGCACCUUAAAAUAAUGUACAGAAAUACUAGUAAUGUCUUAUGAAAACGUAAUAAAAGAUCAAAACAUCACCACAACAUGAUGUUUAAACCAAUGGUAAUGUACAGUCAGCAUAAUCACUAUUUGUACGAAAGCAGCAGGCGUCUUUUAAAAGAAAUUGUGCAUGUAUAAAGCAAUAUAACAAGACCUUCACAACUCAAUGACUCAAACAAUGUUCGGUCAGGUGGCACGACGAUUAGACCGUUCUGGUGCGAAGCCUUACUGUUUUGUAUGUUGUACUUCAGGCCUUGUAUAGGUAGAAAUCUAUAGACAUCACACAAUGGUGUAAGUGUAGGCAGUCGGUGUGAUAUAUUAGUGCGGCUUGGUAAAGGAACGUAGAAGCAGUUUGUAGUUACAAGGUUAUACAUUUAGUAAUCAUACGGAAAAGCACUUAAUGGAACUGUUACAUAUAUCCAAUACGCAAACUUAUAUCCGUAUACAUCAUUAUCACCUAGCUGGACAUAUCACAUCGCUUUAUUUGUUGGUAUCUAAGUUAUUCAGUAAUUACCAGGCUAUAAUUUUGAAAUGAUAAAU